AUGAUCCCCGAAUUGCUGUGUGUAUUGUCCGCCUUUGUAUUAGACGCAUUUCCUGUGAACUCCUGUGAACCCGAGGUCAAGGAAGCGGCUGCCAAAAAGAAAGGCUUCCUGACUUUCGAGGGCGAGCUGCUCCUUCAGGGGCAGCACGACAAUGUUGUGAUCCAGCUCAGCGGAAAGGACAGGUCGGAUGGACAGGAGCCUUCCGACACUGCUCCCACUGCACCCGCGGAGGAGCCACCGGCAGAGAAGCCAGCUGCAGAAGAGGCAGCUGCAGAGGAGGCACCCGCUGAGGCGGCGCCUGAGGAGGCGGCGCCCGUUGAGGCAUCCGCUGAGCCCGCAGAGGCGGCGACGAAAGUCGAGCAACCUGCGGAGGUUCCGGUAGCAUCGCAGCCCGCGGCAGAGGCCGAGGGUGAGGCACCGGUUACGACGUCGGCCAGCGUGAAGAAAACUGAGGAUGGCAAGUGGAAAGUGGACACAGGGUACAUCGACUACAGGACCAAAGACCCUAACCGCCUGGAGAGCCGGCGCUCGGUGAUGGAUAGCGAGCCUGCGAAAGAGGUGGUCACCCGAAGCGAGCGGGAUGAGGAGGGAAAGUUCAAAGUCGACACCUCGUACAUCAAUCACCGGACAGGCGAGGUGGAUCGUCUGGAGGGCCGGCGCUCCGUCCUUGGGGGGGCUGGAGAGCUGGUUUCCUCGCACUCAGCCACGGUGAAGAAGGACGAUGGGAAGUGGAAAGUCGACACUUCGUAUAUUGGGUACCGGACGGGUGACACCGGGAACCUUACUAGAAAAGAGGAGGCUGCCGAGCAAGGUGGGGGGUAUGCGGACCCCGCGAGCAAGAAAUACAGCCACGAGGAGCUCAAGGUCAGCAAGGGCAGACCUGAGGACGUGGACCCCGCAAGGAGAGAGGCUUACCUUUCUGACGAAGACUUCAAGGCCGUGUUUGGCAUGCCCCUCGCAGACUUCAAUAAACAGCCAAAGUGGAAGCAGCAGAACGCAAAAAAGGCCAAAGAUCUUUUCUGA